AUGGCUGGACCUUCUGGAAAUUCGAUGCAUAGAUCGACCAGUCGUGGCUCGAUAGACGAGGAAGAACAACAAGGCUUCCUCGCCCACCAUGACAACAAUAACAUCGAGACGUACGUUCGGGAUAAUUUCCAUGGAACGCGCGACUUGGAUGCUUUGUCAGUGUCAACCCUGAGCUCCGACUCAGACAAUGAGGGUCCAGCUGCAAGGUUUCUACUUCUGGGGAAGAGCAAAAAAGGGAAUAAAGGAAAACGUCCUCAGCGUACUGCUAGUGAGAAGCCCAGAAAGUGGUUGACUGCUUCCUGUUUAACCAGGAAACAAUGUUUUUGGGUGGUAUUGGUGAUCUUUCUGUUGGCUUGUUCGAUUGCGCCGCUCGCGUCGGCGUGGAAAAAUACGGUUGAGUGGUGGAGACGAAGGCCAGAGACAGAUUCUCCUCCGUGGUAUCCCUCGCCACGGGGUGGUACUGUCAAGCGAUGGGCUGAUAGCUACAGCAAAGCUAAGGGCCUUGUGGAACGGAUGUCGCUCGUGGAGAAAGUCAAUGUAACGACAGGAACCGGCUGGGAAAUGGGCCUCUGCGUGGGCAAUACAGGUCCGGCGGAGGGUGUCCGCUUUCCAUCACUUUGUCUGCAAGACGGACCAUUGGGACUGCGUUUCUCAGACCAUAUCAGUGCUUUCCCGGCUGGCAUCACUACCGGUGCCACGUGGAAUCGAGAUCUGAUGCGCAAGCGAGGCUUCGCUCUGGGCCAAGAAGCGCGUGCCAAAGGUGUCAACGUGCUGCUAGGCCCAUCCAUGGGCCCUUUGGGGUUGAUGCCAGCUGGUGGAAGGAACUGGGAAGGCUUUGGCUCUGAUCCGGUUCUGCAGGCCGCUGGGGCCGCAGAGACCAUUCGAGGCAUCCAGCGUAACGGAGUCAUUGCCACAGCCAAGCACUUCCUCCUGAACGAGCAAGAGCAUUUCCGUCAGCCCUAUGAGUGGGGUAUCUCAACGGCAUUAUCUUCGAAUAUCGAUGAUCGAUCGAUUCGAGAGGUCUUUGUCUGGCCCUUUGCGGAAAGCGUGAGAGCGGGUGUCGCCAGUGUUAUGUGCUCGUACCAGAGAGUGAACAACACACAUGCGUGCGAGAACAGCAAGAUCCUCAAUGGCCUUCUCAAGGACGAGCUUGGAUUCCAGGGCUUCGUUCAAUCCGACUGGCUUGCUCAGCGAUCCGGUGUCGACAGUGCUCUUGCUGGUCUAGAUAUGUCGAUGCCAGGCGAUGGUCUUCGCUGGGUCGACGGGGACUCGCUUUGGGGUAGCCAGCUGACGAAGGCGGUCCUCAACGGCACCGUUCCGAUGGAGCGACUCAAUGAUAUGGUCACUCGAAUUGUAGCAGCCUGGUACCACCUCAGACAGGAUUCCUGGGACGCACCUCCUCCGUUCGGAAAAGGAGGCCCGAAUUUCUCUUCAUGGACUAACGACGAGGUUGGCCUUCUGCACCCAGGCAGCGAUGAUGAGACUACGGGCGUCGUUAAUAAAUUCGUCGAUGCUCAAGGGAAAGGUGCCGAAGCUCACAGCAUUAUCGCGCGCCAAGUAGCUACUGAAGGCAUCGUGUUGUUGAAGAACGAGGACAACAUUUUGCCUCUUUCGCGGGGAUCCCCCGAACCUGGACGAACAUAUCGUGUUGGCGUGUAUGGAGAGGAUGCUGGUCCAGGCAAUGGCCCGAAUGCUUGUCCAGACAGGGGCUGUAAUCAGGGCACUCUGGGGUCCGGCUGGGGUAGCGGAGCCGUCGAGUUUCCUUAUUUGGUGGCCCCUUCGACAGCUUUACAGGCCGCUUGGAACUCUUCGGACGUGGAAACCACUGCCUACCUCAAUAACGAUGUAGAAGAAUCUCAACUCACAGACAAGGAUCUCUGCAUGGUUUUUGUGAAUGCAGACGGCGGUGAGGGUUUCAUUAACAGCGACGGGAUCCAUGGAGACAGGAAUGAUCUCUUCCUGCAAAAGGGCGGCGAUGAGCUCGUGCAAAAAGUAGCCAAUGGAUGUGGUGCCGGCAAAGGGAAGACUAUUGUUGUCGUACAUGCAGUCGGCCCCGUCAUUAUGGAGUCCUGGAUUGAAAACCCAGGCGUCAAAGCUGUUCUUCUAGCGCAUCUUCCUGGCCAGGAAAGUGGAAAUGCUUUGGUCGACGUGCUCUUCGGCGUCCAAGACGCAAGUGGCAGGCUCCCAUAUACCAUUGGCAAAAGUCUUGAAGACUAUGGCCCAGGCGCGCAGGUCCUCUACGAGCCGAAUGGAGAGGUCCCACAGGUAAACUUGUCGAAUGCACUGUAUAUCGACUAUCGAUACUUUGAUAGACACGAUAUUUCUCCUCGGUACGAAUUUGGCUUCGGACUUUCGUACACGACAAUUGAGCUCUCCGACUUGCGAAUCACCCCCUUGCAGAAGAAGUACUAUCUUCCAUCCCCGCGUCCUAGAGACACUGCGGACCCUCCGGACUACGACAAUACGAUCCCUGCCCCAGAGACGGCUCUAUUCCCGGAGGGAUUCAGGAAACUGAAGAAAUACAUCUACCCUUACAUCUCUAGUAUCGAAGAAGCAGAACCUAACGGGCAUUACGAAUAUCCUGCCGGUUAUGAGAAAGCACAAGAACCCUCCCCUGCUGGCGGUGACGAAGGGGGCAAUCCUUCGCUGUACGAUCUUUACGCCCAAGUCAACGUUCAAAUCCAAAAUACCGGCAGCCGCAUUGGACGAGAAGUCGUCCAAGUCUAUGUGUCCUUCCCUCCAGUGAGUGAAUGGGACGAGGAUGGCGAGCAUCCGAUUGAUUUCCCCGUGCGGGUGCUGAGGAACUUUGUCAAAGUCCAACUGAAGCCCGGCCAGUCACGGAAUAUCGAGCUCACACUAACGAGGAAGGAUUUGAGCUAUUGGAGCACCAGGUAUCAGAAUUGGAUCAUGCCGACGAAUGGGACGUUUAAGAUUGGGGUUGGGCGCAGUUCGAGAAAUUUGCCUUUAGUAGGAGAGUAUUGA